GUAAUGCUGUGGGGUAACCAGGGGCAGACUGACCAUUUGGAAACUCGGGCACUGCCCGAGGGCCCGGGGUCAGUAGGGGGCCCCAUGAGAUGCCCCUGGUACCUUUUUCAUAGGCUUUUUUGGAUUUUGGGCAAGGACACAGGGGCCCCAUGAUCCCCUAUUGCCUGGGGACCCCAUGAGUUGUCAGUCCGCCCCUGGGGGUAACAUUGUUGGCACUGAACCAGGGGCGGACUGACCAUUUUGGAACUUGGGCACUUCCUGAGGCCUGGGGUCAGUAGGGGGUCCCAUGAGAUGCCCCUGGUAUCUUUCAUAGGCUUUUUAGGUUUGGGCAAGGACACAGGGGCCCCAUGAUCCCCUAUUGCCCGGGGGCCCCAU